UAAUAUCCUCUAUUUAAAAAAGCUGGAACAUCGCCUUAAAACCAAUCAAAUUUAGACGGACAAAAUGUCUUUUGUCAUGGUUUGUUGUUGAUGCCUGGACUAAAUGGGACUGAGACUAUAAAUUUCUAAACUGAGCGGUAGAAUUCUUUUUUACUUUGAGAAAAAAUGAAAAAGACUACACGAAAAGAUGAAAAAAAAAUAUGGUUUAGAAUCAUUUGAAAACGUAUCAGCUAUAUUUCAAAUAAAAAUGGAGCUAAGAUAUUUGAAAACAGUUCGGCAUUUAUUUAUGUGAUUUAAAAUUGGUUGCGAUUCAAAACCUGUUAAAAUCUACCACUCAAAGUCUAACUUCACAUGUUGAUGAUAAUCCAUAUAUAGCUGUACAUGUAUUUUACGGACGUCUUUUUGUUUCCUACACCCACCUACAUAAAUGUAUCAAACGUCUACAGCUUCAAAUUUUGCCAGUCCAAAUACAGUCAAACAUGUGUUAAAGACCACCUCUGAACAGAGACCACCUGGCUCUAAAGGUCACAUGUUUUGUUUCCCAUUUUAACAUUUACAGUGUAUUUUAACCUGUGAAUAAAGACCACCUCAAAAUAAAGACCACAACUUGGCUCUCCCAGUGGGUGGUCUUUAUAAACAGGUUUGACUGUAAAACAUUUAGGCCAGCGUAAUAACGCUUUCUACUUGUUAGGGGAAGGCAAGAAUGACAACGAAAUAGCAAGGCUGCGGCUAAUGUUUACGUGCGAAAAGUAAACAAAAAAGUAUUUGUUAUUCGCCAUCGAUAAAAAUAAAUCUCACAUCCGUGUAUGACGAAUCUGAAAAUUUACUAAGUUGAAAUUACUGUGAAUAAAACGACCAACAGAGAGACGCUAAAGCCAUCAUGUCUGUCUCGUGCCAGGAUUGUAAAAUAAAACGCUGUCACUACUGCCUAAUUGAAGGAGCAUUUAUUAUCAAAGUUAUUUUGCUUGGAGACGGAUGUGUUGGAAAGACGCAACUGGUGCGUCGUUUCUGUUAUGAUAGUUUUGAACCCUAUACCUAUCCAACAACGGCAAAAGUUCUUCCCUUUGAUAAAAGAACCAUCAGGACUGAGGGCAAAACAGUAAAGUUUUACGUACAUGAAUUAAGUGGAAUGUACAUAAGGUUUAGGAUCCCCUUACCUGCAAUAGAAAUCAGGGAGAUGGCUGGAGCUAUGUUGGUGUAUGACGUCACCAAACGUUCAACAUUUGAACACGUAGAGUAUUGGCGGAAACAAUUGCGUGACAACGCAGCGUACCAUUCUGCUCCAAUAUUGUUGGUAGGAACCAAGUGUGAUUUACAAAACCAGAUUGAGGUGACUACUGAGGAAGCUUGUAUUUACGCAGGGAAGAACGCUAUGUCCUUUAUCGAAACCUCUGCACGAAAUUCAACGAAUGUUGACGCGGCGUUCGAAAAUUUAUUCAAAGAGGUUCACUGUUCAAAAGACAUAGCCGAUUGUUCCUUGUUUGGGACUUCGAGAGAUAUUGUAAAUAUUGGAAAAGACAAAUCGAUUACAACAAGGUGCUGUGGAAUUAUUUGAAAGAAUUAUCAACAACAUGCUCACGCUAAAAGAUAUGUCUUUUUAUGGGUAAAACAGUACUGCAAGACAUUGGUUUUAAUACGAGCGCAGUGUCUUUAUUAAAAUAAAUAAGUCUUUCACGAAUAGUUGAAAAUGCCAGGAGCUGUUGUGUUUUUACAGACUAUGAAUCUCCUGGCAGCCCCUCAGUUAUGUCGAGUGAAGUACUUUCCAUUACCUAGAGAGGUUCUUACCAAAGUUAAGGGGAUCACUACACGUGUACAACAAAACUGCUGGAAACAAUCUAUUAUUGUAUCGACCACCUUCAAGCACCGCUACUCACAAAUACCACGUGACCAUGAAAAUCACAUGACCGUUGAAAAAGAAAUUCAAAUACUAUUUUCUUAUUUUCGAUUAGGCCUACUUAAAACUUUGAAAAAUACUCAAAACAAUUUCAACUAGAGCUAUCACUAAAGAUGACUAAUACCCCCAGACGCCGCUUUGAGAAAGGAUAAAUAAAUGUUGUGAUCAUGACCUUUGGUCUUUAAGUGAUACCGAUGACUAGGAUACGCAUUAUGCAGGUCGUCUUUAUGAGGUAAACUAACUGAUGUUAGUUUUUAUGAAAAUUAUUCCAGUAGAUUCUUAAAAAUAUAUGAUGAAAACAGG